UGCUUCUGCUGCUGUUGCUGCUGGAGUAGUAGCUUCAGAAUUGUGGCUCUGUUUCAGUUUUUUGAGUGGGAGGGAGGGAUUGAUUGAUUGAUAGAUUGAUUGAUAGAUUGAUUUUUCCGUGCCGUGUUAGCAGCAAUAGAAGAAUAGAAGGGCACUAUUGCAUGCGAUGAGCACGGCCAAAAUGCUGCGACGAUCCACCGAAGCAGUGGCACUGCGCGGGGAGGUGGGGCGGUUGCCACCUUCGUUGUCUGGAAUCGCUCGCAGAUUCUCUUCCUCACCCUCUUCCUCUUCCUCGCUGGCGUCGCCGAACAAUGUGGCAGAGGCGGCCACAGUGGCGGAGGCGUCAUCGUCCUCUGGCGGGACUGUGAGUAGUGGGGGUGAGGAGACCGCGCGGCCCGGGAGCUUGUUGUGGAGGGUGAUUAAGUCGAGUGUGCUGCUGGCUUCUACGGCUGUCGCGGGCGGAGCUGCCUAUGUGACCUAUGCUUUCGAUGUUGAUACUGUGGAGCAAAAAUUGUCUGCUUUGAAGUCCGCCAAAGAUUUUCGGGCUUCUGAUGAGGCAAACAUUUUCGAAAAGUUACGCACUGCGGUUUACACAACUUCUCUUGGAGCUGGUACAUCUGUGGCGGAAUUCUACAUUGAUACACGAAAGAAUCUUGAAGAUCAAAUUCGCGGAAUUGCAGCUCCAUCUUCUAGCAAGUUGUUGCCAGAUUUACUUCCACACGAGAAGGGCACGUUCACACUUGUCUUGGAUCUUAAUGAAACUUUGCUUUAUUCUGACUGGAAGAGGGAUAGAGGUUGGCGAACUUUCAAACGACCUGGAGUGGAUGCGUUUUUAGAGAAGCUUGCUCAGCACUAUGAGAUAGUCGUCUACUCUGAUCAACUCAACUUCUACGUUGAACCGGUUCUGGAAAGACUGGAUCAGAAGGGGUGCAUAAGGUACAGAUUAUCGCGGGACGCUACACAGUACACCAAUGGCAAACAUCUUCGAGACCUGGAGAAGCUGAACAGGGAUCCAUCCCGUGUGAUUUACCUUAGCGGGCAUGCCAAGGAAACGACGUUGCAACCCGAUAAUGCCCUUCCUGUGAAACCAUGGAAAUUAGAAGCCGAUGAUACAGUUCUUCUCGACAUGCUUCCUUUUCUUGAAUUUGUCGCUAAGCAGAGACCAGCUGACAUUCGACCUGUGUUAGCUUCAUAUGAGGGUUUGGAUGUCCCCACAGAAUUCCGGGAGAGAACCAAGGAAUUACAGAGGAAACUGGCGGGACGCAAGCAGACAACUCGUUUAUGGAGAGGAUCAUCGGUUUGACCAUCACUUAAGAGCUGUUCACUUUGUUAGCUAGUUGCUGAAUUGAUUUUCUAAAGCUCGAGAUGUUCGAAGAUGGAAAUCUUUGACAUGAGUUUGGAUCAAUUCGAAGAUUAAUCACAAGUCUUCUGGAUGCCCUUGAAUCUUUGUAUGGGGAUCUUUGGCUUUCACACCGGCAAAUAACUUGACGAGAAUGUUGUGUGUUUGCACCACAUUGUGAUGUCCUCACGCUUUUGUUUGAUGGGUUGUCUCGAAGCGCUUGUAAUGCAAGAAUUAUUUUGAGCUAAAUUACAAUUACGGAUCUCAGAAUAUUUGUGAGGUUGGCAGACGUUAGAUGUGAGAGUUGGCCCAUAUCUGGUUGAGAGUAGGUGAAGAGAUGUUUUAGGAUACUUAAAUUUCAGUAGUGUUGACUUUGGACGCUUGGUUCCCAUGGAACAUCCCCAUAAUUUUAUUUGUUCUCACAAUGAUGUAUUGAAGAGUAGAGAUGAUUAAAAGUUCUUAGGUGACUGUUAUAUUC